AUGUCCAUCGCCAAGACAGUCCAGAUCCUAUCCAGCCUCAAGGAAACGAAACCACGAUACAAACCAGCCUUUGACACAGAUGCUAGCUUUCCUUUGCAAGAACGCCAUCAAGUCCAACCACCGCCUGUACCAGGACCCCCGACCACACAGAUCGGCCCCCUUUGCCUGUCUCCAGUAGAGGCGGCGUCCAUGCGCGUAGUUCAGGACACACACGUCGACAACUCCACCCCUCGCGUCCUGUACUCGGACGGAUCUCUUCUGAACUCGGGAACGCUAGAAGUAUCCCAGGCCUUUGGAGUGGUGGAUCUCACUCAGGACAACCCUCUGACAGUACAAGGACGAACGGACGGUCACGCAUCCUCGGCUAAAGCCGAGCUCAUGGGCUUAUUAGCCGCAGUCUUGUCAGCGCCACCGGAACAGGACAUUGUGGUCAAGCUGGACAAUCAGUACGUGGUGGAACAGUAUAGUCGCCUGGUGAAGAAUCGUCGGGACACCUUACCGAGGAAGCGAUUCAGGAGUACAUAUGCGGGUAUCUGGGCGGUGCUUUGUCAGGUUGUGGAAUCUCGGCCAGGCGGGGUUGAGGUGGUGUGGAUCAAAGGUCACAGCAACAUCCACGGAAACGAACUUGCGGAUCAGGCGGCGAAGGUGGCAGCACAGAGUGGUUCAGUGCCCUGGAUGGUGGAUCUCACUCAACAGACGGAUAUCACGACCUUUGCACAUUGUUACGGCGGGAUUGUUGAAAUCGAUCUACGUCAGCUCCUCAAACAACAAUCGACAAUCCGUCACCAUCAGGCCUGGACGUCACAGAGGCGGGUCAAGAGGGCGAUCCCUGACAUCGAUGACGUGGAAUGGAACUCGACCUUGGCUUAUGUCCAUGACAGGCACGCAGUCUUCACCUUUUACAGCAACAGCAAGGACUCUCACCAACGCACACAUCAUAUCAAAAAGCUGCAUGGAAUGCUGCCCACUCUGAACUCCAUGCAGGCUCGCAAGCCCAACCUGUACCCAACAUGCGUGUGCCGACGAUGCGAGCUCGAGAAGGAGGAUAACGAUCACGUCUGGAAAUGCCCUUCGGCAGCUGAGACCACCACUGAGAUCUGGAAGGAGGCCAUGGGCAAGAUUAACGAGUGGGGUGUGCAGGCGACAAACAGCUACAACGCAGCCAGGAAGCGAGAAUACAAACGCGCGGUGGACAGAGGUCGUCAGGUACCGAGGCCAGUACCCAUACACUGGUGGCCCCCUUCGGAUGCGGAUCAUGUGCGAGGAUUUUCCUCCAUCGGUGGAGCUCGAGCCGUGCACAGCGGUAGUCCAGCUCUCGAUCGAGACGAGAAACCGAUGUGGAAUGUGUCGGAUCUCCUCCGCGGCAUCACCCCCUUGAGCAUGUUGACUGAAUGGUCCGCGGUCUUCCGGACCCCAAUGUCCAUCGCCAAGACAGUCCUUCACAAGUUUGUUGGCUACCUGGAGGCGCAGGCCUCGGAGCUGAUCUGGAAACCUCGGUGCUCCGCGACAAUCGCAUGGGAACAAAGCCAGGGCAUCUCUGCCAAGGAUAAGACAUCCAAAUAUACAGGCCCCCGAGGUGAUUGGAGUCAAGGAUACGGUUACAUCACGCACGAUGGUUUCUUCCUUCACAAGUUUGUUGGCUACCUGGAGGCGCAGGCCUCGGAGCUGAUCUGGAAACCUCGGUGCUCCGCGACGAUCGCGUGGGAGCAGACCCAGGGUAUCUCUGCCAAGAACAAGACAUCCAAAUACACAGGCCCUCGAGGUGACUGGAGUCAAGAAUACGGUUACAUCACGCAUGAUGGUUUCUGCCCGUGUGGCGCUUCGCUAGCCACACAUGAUGAAGGAAAGCGUCCUGGAGCGACCAAGGACCCACGCGCUGCUGACAAAGCGUUUGUUGGAGAGUUUGUUAGGAAGGAAGAGGUUGCCAAUGAUGGAGAGGAUGGAAGUAAUGCCCUUUAA